AUGGCAACCAUGAUCAGGUCAAAAGAAGAUGAACGUGCAGGGGCUGAAAUUGUGUAUGGCCCUGAAGAGUGCCAUCGCCACUCCAUGGAGCUUCUUGAAGAGCUAGGAUUCCCUAAAGGCGUCCUCCCUCUGAAAGAUCUUGAAGAGUGUGGAAGGGUCAAAGAAACUGGGUUUGUUUGGAUGAAACAAAAGGCCCCAUAUGAGCAUUUUUUUGUUGGAUCCAACACAAAAGUAAGCUAUGCCACAGAGGUGACUGGUUAUGUAGAGAGGUUCAAGAUGAAGAAAAUGACUGGGAUUAAGAGCAAGCAGAUGUUCUUAUGGGUGCCAAUAUCUGAAAUGAGCAUCGAAAAUCCUUCAAGCAAGAAAAUUAUCUUCAAGACUCCAAUGGGGAUUGGCAAGUCUUUCCCUAUCUCUGCUUUCAUGACCGAUGAGGAGAAGCAGGAACAGCAGAAAAAGCUGGAUGAAGUCCAUGAAUGA